AUGGGCGCUGGAGGCGAUUCCAAGGACACCGUCGACGCCAACGGCGACGGCCACGUCAACAUCACGAAAGAGAUUCUCGCCGGUCUCAACGUGCACGUAUCGUCGAACACGCCAUCGAAGCCUCCUCCGGGCUUCGACACGCGCGACGACGCGGCGCUCGACGCCGAACCCGCCGCCCCAGCUCCCGGUCAAACGGGCGGGUUUGGCGGUUCGACGUCAACUUUCGCCCCGGUCGGAACAACUCCUGGCACCGCCGCGAAAGUUUCUUCCCGACCCCUUCCCAAGCGCCAGUUGUGGAUCGUCAAGGUCCCGAAGCCCCCCGAGGACCACGGCGCGGCCGAGGCCGCCGGAGAGCCCUCGACUGACCCUUCGACGCGAAUCGCCGCCCUGGAGGCGGAGAUCGCCGCCCUGGAUGCGCGGGUGCGCACUGCCAACCAAGCCAGGGAUGCCGCCAGGACGCACCUCGCAAAGGCGCGUGAGCGAGCGAGGGAGACGUCGGCGGCGAUCAAGGCGGCGUCGGCGGAGUGCGAGCCCUUGUACGCGAGGGUCAACGAGCUCAACGCGAUGGAACGAAAGGUCCGGGACGCGAAAAGGGCGGUGGGCUUCGACUCGGAAGCCGCGGUGGAGGCGGCGCUCGCGGAGGCGGAGUCGAGGAUGAACCACGAAUCUCUUUCCGUGCUUGAGCAGAAGAGAACGCUGCGCGAGAUGUCCAAGCUUCGCGCGAAGCGGCCGGAGGCGGCGGCGCUCGAGUCCACGAUCCGUACGCUCGAGAACGCAGCGGAGGAGAGGGCGCGGCUCGGCGCAGAGUUGAAAGCCUCGAGAGACGCGUUGGAGCCGCUGCGGGAGAAGCGGGCGAUGUCGCUGAAAAUCGUCGAUCACUACGCCGGCUGCGUCGACGCCGCCGUCGACGACUCCGCCGAGGCGUACGCCGCGAAGACGGCGAAAGUCACGGAGGUUAAACGCCUGCGGAAGGAGGGGUACGAGGCGCGCAAGGCUCGGCGCGAAACGGCGCAGAGCCGCGAACGGGAGGAGUGGCUUUUAGCUCGGAGAACCUAUGGCGAGGCUCGAGAUCUCGUCGCGAAUGGACACUUCGCCGAGGCUGAAGCCGCGUGCCUCCGGCAGAUGGAGCACGUGCACGCCAGGCUCAACGCGGACCGCGAGUACCGCGCCAAGUACCUCGAGGGACUUGGGAGGGACCGGGAGACGCGGGAGGCGGCGGCGAAGGCUGCGAUCGAAGCCGACGCGGAGGCUACGGCGAAGGCUUUGGCGGAGGCGAAAGCCGCGGCGCUCGAGGCGAAGCGGGAAAAGGAAAGAGCCGAAGCUUCGCGGGAAAAGGAGGAAAAGGAACGCGCCAGGGCGGAGAAGGAGGAACUCCGACGGCGGGCCAAGGAGGAGAGGGCGGCGGCGGACGCGGCGCUCGCGGAGGAUGUCCGACGCCGCGCCGAGCUGGCGAGGCGCGGCCUCGAGGCGGAUUCCGAGGGGAGGCGACCCGUUCGUCCACAGCCACCGCCCGCGCCGGUCCUCGGCCCCUCCAAGAUCGCCGCCGCCCUCGCGCGGGCGGUGGACCAAUCCAAGGCAGAGGCAUCUCCCGCGGGUCCAAACGGCGGCGCGUCCCUUUCCCCACAAAACUCGCGCGCCGAUCCCCUUAAAGCCGCGACGACGGACGCCGAGUGCCGCGCUAAAAACGCCGAGAAGAAGCGACGCCGCCGCGAACGAGCCGUCGCGGAGAGGGAGGCUGAGAGCUUGAGGCUCGAGGCGCACGAGCGGCGCGAUAAGGCGAAGAGCGAGGAGCGCGCGUCGAGGAAGCGCGGGCCGGGCGGCGGCGGUGGGUGCGAGGGGGACGGGUCAGGGCGACGGGAGGGGUUUCUCGCGAAAACGACGACGUCGAAGGCGGAGCUGCCCGCCGGGAUGCGCGCCAUGACUUCGAGGCACCGGGCGAGGGCUCACGCGGCGUCGUGGUGCGCCACCGUCGCCGCGGGCGCGUCGCUGGUGUCGCUGGCGGCGGCGGCGGUGGUGGUCCUGAGUCUCCUCUGGUCGCCCGCGCGGGAGCUGACGUACGAGUAGAAUGGACGGUUGUAUACGCACACGAGAGAAGAAAGACGCUUC